CUUCGUAUCAGCAUCCACGAAUGAAAACUUUUUAUAGAGAACUUGCGGAUAGUCGUUUUCUUCGCUUCUUCUGUUCUUCACGCGGGACCUCGUUAUUUCUUUGCGUUGGGAAUAUCAGAUUUUUCUGUUUAUUGUUGGGAAUAUCGGAGGAGCUCGAGAAAAGCCCAAUGGCUAUUUCAGUAUCAACUGCUACUGUUGCUUCGUUGAAAUUGGAGUCUUCGAUCCGUUUCGUUCCUUCGAAGCUUUCAGCUUCAACCUCUCUUGGAUUUCCACCGCAGUUUCGGCAUCUUCAAACGGGAAGGAGGAGGAUAUUUUCUCCUCUUCAGCGUCAAAUCUUUCCUCGGGUUGAAGCAAGGAAACAAACAUUUUCCUCCUUGGAUGACUUGCUCUCAAAUUGUGACAAACCUGUAUUGGUUGACUUCUAUGCAACUUGGUGUGGCCCUUGUCAGUACAUGGUUCCUGUUCUCAAUCAAGUUAGUGAAAUUCUGAAAGACAAGAUCCAAGUUGUGAAAAUUGACACAGAAAAGUACCCAAGCAUUGCUGAUCAAUACGAAAUUGAGGCACUACCUACAUUCAUCAUUUUUAGGGAUGGGAAACCUUGUGAUCGUUUUGAAGGUGCCUUGACUCCAGAUCAGCUUGUCCAACGUAUUGAGAAUGCACUGAAAGUAAAGCAAUAAUUGACAUGGUGAGCCUUCUUGAAAAUGUGUUCUACGUUUGAUUCAGGUUAAAUGGAGAACUUGAAUGGAAAUGGGCAUUAGGAAUUCUGAGUCUUGGAGCUGAUCCUCUGCAUACUAAACCUCACAAACUCGUAUGAAUCUAAUCGUGGUCAUAUGUUUUGAAUGCAUUUAAUCAAGGACAUAAGAAGUUUGGCAUGGCUCUAGAUGACGAUAAGAAUGUACAGAGCCAUUGUACUUCCUAUCAAAAUUUAACCAAACUAUUAUUCUCCUUUUAUGUAUUAUGAUACUCAUUGUUGCAUUCUUUUCAUCCA